AUGGCCAGGGGCGUCGCCGGCUUGGACUUCUCCGCCAGGUCCUUGAUGGGCUCCAGCGUGUUGUCCAGUGGGUCCGCUGUGGUCAUCAUCGCCGAGCGGAUGGCCGCGGGGCUCCACUGGGGGUGCACCGCCUUGAGCAGCGCCGCCACGCCGGCGGCGUGGGGGCAGGCCAUGGAGGAGCCGGAGAGGAUGUUGAAGGGGCUGAACAGGGCCCGCGAGCUGACGACAGUGGCGAAGACGUUCUCCGGCCAGGAGGCGAGGACCAGCGAACCGGGGGCCACGAGGUCAGGCUUCAGGACCCCAUGGCAGCUCAGCCCAGGGCCUCUGGAGGUGUAG